AUGUCUAGUCAACCUUGCCCAAGUUUACGGCCACCCAUCUCCCUAAGAUUAGGCUCAAAAUUCCUAGUAGUUGCAUCUUCCCCAGCAACUCCUAGAGAAAUUUUGAAGACAAAUGAUCGGGAUUUAUCCGGUAGAUUUAAUUUGCGUUUAUCCAAUGUGAUUCCAGGCAUUAAAAGUUCAAUAAUUGUACCAUUGAAUGAAUGUAACCAAAGAUGGAGAUUUUUACGUAGUGCUACACAUACUGAGCUUUUCUCAAGUCGAGCUUUAGAGCCACAUUUGAAGUUGACAGCUGAGAAGGUCCAAGAAAUGCUAGAUUUUUUGGGCUCAAAUGGAGGUGAAGUAGUGGCUAUUGUGGACAUAUUUUACGCCACAAUUGUCAAUAUUUUGACAUAUACCAUGAUGUCCAAAGAUAUAGUCAACCUCAAGAAUAAUGUGGGUGAGUUGAGGAAAUUUUCCAGGAGUCUAAUUGAGUUUGCUGUGCCUGGUAUGGCUGACAUAUUUCCUUUGCUUGGUGCUUUGGAUUUUCGAGCUAAGCAAAAGGCAAAGGAUUAUAAGGAAAGAACUAGAGCUCUGUGGGCGGAUAUUGUUAGCGAGAGAAGAAGGAGACAUGAUUCUGGUACAUCAGGAGCAGAUUUUCUAGAUGAGUUGUUUGUCACGUCUGAUUCGGUUAGCACAGCACUUGGAUGGGCAGUAGCAGAGCUCACCAAAAACCAAAAUGCGUUCUCAAAAGUUCGUGAUGAAAUCACAAUUACCAUUGGAGGAACAGACUUAUUAAGUGAGAGUCAACUGGCCAAGCUUCCAUAUUUACAAUCUUGUAUAAAAGAAACUCUGAGAUUGCACCCUCCAAGCCCACUUCUCGAGCCUCAUUGCGCAUUGCAAUCCUGCAAAGUGAUGAACUAUGAUGUUCCAACGAACAGCUUGGCGGUUGUAAAUGCAUAUGCUAUCGGACGAGAUCCCAAGACUUGGGAAGACCCUUUAAGCAUUCGAACCGGAACGUUUUCUCGGCAAGAAUCUGGAUCUCAAGGGAACUCACUACGAACUUUUGCCAUUUGGUGCGGGUAG